AUGUAUCACGCUCCUGCAUCUGACGGUCACUCGGUUGCAAUAUACCACGUAUGCAAAAAGGGAUUGGCGUCCUCUCCAGAUCCUGGACCAGCGCUGGUGCACAUUCAUGACGGAGGUUACUUCUCCGUGAGUGCACAAAAGGCAUUGGCAUCUGUUGUGCCGUAUGUGGCCAACUCGGGUGUUCCAGUGUUUUCGAUCGACUAUCGACUCUCUCCCGAGAACCCUUUCCCAACGCCACCUGAAGACUGCUGGACCGCUCUGCUUUACGUCCAAUCGCAAGCAAAAAAGCUCAAUAUCAAUCCCCACCGGAUCGCCAUCAUUGGCGAGAGCGCGGGUGGAGGGCUCGCCGCUGGUCUGGCUAUUCUAAGCAGAUCUUUAGCGAAACAGAUCCUCUUGUACCCCAUGCUUGAUGACCGGAUUGUAGCGGACCACACCGAGGGACUAGGUGUUUUCAGCAUAAACGAUCACGGGCUGGGCAGCCUACCUCGGAGGCGGUAUGGAGGUUGCACUGAAGCCGACGUCGUAUUUGCGUCGCCGUCUGUUACUUUCAGACUGCCCGAGGUCCUCCUGGGGAUCUCUGCACUGGCAGGUGCUCUUCCACGAGCCAUGAUGUUGUUCGGUAACCAAAGGACCAUGGACCUCGCCCUGACAGCGAGGGAACUGACGGCUGAGGAGGCACUGCAAUGGGGUCUGGUGAGAGAAAUCGUGCCGCAAGAAAAGCUCCUGGACAUAGCACUUGACUACGCCCAGGAGAUUGCCAACAUGAGCCCCGACGGGGUCAUCAUCACGCGGCUGGCGGCUAGGGAGGCCUGGGUCACUGGCAUCAGCCGAGCAACAGUAUCGUCUCGACAUGGCCUCGCCGAGCGAACAGGAACAGUCCGACUCCUAUCAGUCGGUGGGUUCCAACGGAAGGCCACUGAUACGCAGCCCGAAAGCAGCCAUGUGAAGCGGAGGGCGGCCAAGGCCUGCCUCUCGUGUCGCAACAGAAAAGUGCGGUGCGAUGUGACGAGCGGCGGUGUUCUUUGCACCAACUGCCGCCUGGAUGAUGUUGCCUGCGUCGUGACCGACACGAAUCGCGGCAAAGGGCGAUCCUCGAGCUCAUGGGGGCCGAUUAACAAUCCCACGCCCAUGAACGACGAAGUCGCCGAGGAGCUCCCGGUCUCGCUUACCUUUGAAGCGUAUAUCCGGCCCCUGCCCCCGCACAUUGAUGCUGGCGACAUCGAGUACUUGACCAAGAAGGAGGCCCUGACGCUCCCAGACGAGGAGCUGCAGUGCGCCCUUCUCCGUGCUUAUAUCCAAUAUGCUCACGCGUUCAUGCCGAUUCUGGAUCUCCCGCCGAUCUACACAGCCAUUGCACUGCGCGGGGAAGGCGAGGAACCCCUGAGCCUGAUUGUCGUCCAAGCCAUCAUGUUUGCCAGCAUUGCCUAUGUGGACAUCGACUACUUGACCUCCAGGGGCUUCCGGACGCGAAAGGCAGCUCGCCGGGUGUUCUUCAACCGUGUACGGCUGCUUUACGGGCUGGAGUGCGAGACUGACCGUCUUGCGCUCCUUCAGGCUCUCAUGCUCAUGACGUACUGGUACGAGAACCCGGACGACGAGAAGGAAACUUAUGACUUUGAAAUCUCUCCGCUCAAUGACGACGUCGUGCGGUGGCUGGGCCCUCUGCCAAUCAUGGAUGAUACACCGGCCAAGGAGACGCUUUACAUAACUAUCAUUGAGCUGGCUAAGCUGUGCUUGAACAUCGGGGAUAUCCUCUCCAGUCAAUACUCGGUCCUCAAUAGCCCCGGGAUGAGCGCAGAUAGGACUGUAAGUGUUAUGGUGGUACCGAAGAAGAACAUCGAGGCGGCUCAGAGCCUGGCCAAGUGCGACGCCGCGUUAAAGGACUGGUUCCAGGGUCUGGAAGAGUGCUGCCGCUACAAAGCAGGACAGUGGUCGUCUGCCGAUGAUCAGGACGGAAGCCGAAGGAUCGUGUAUCUGCAUCUGGCCAUGCUGCUGCACAUGAUCUACUUCACCUCAAUUACCGUUCUGCAUCGCCCACGAGCCUUCCAACCGGGGACGGACCCUUCCGAUUCGUCGGCCACGCGGCUCUCUCGAGACAGGGUCACAAACGCCGCCGUUCGCACCACCGAAAUGAUCUACGACCUAAGCACACACGACUCGCUGCGGUUCGCCUCCACCAGCAGCAUCACUGCGAUCCUUUCCGCUACCCUGAUGCACCUCGUCAACCUGCGCUCGGCGCAGGAGGACGUGCGAAGCAUCUCGAUUGGCCGCUUUUACCAGCCCUGA